GAAAAGCAGACAAGCGUGUUUUUGUUUUGGGGGGGGGGAGAGAAAAAGGAGAGAGAAUGACCCUGGAAUCCAUAAUGGCGUGUUGCCUCAGCGAGGAGGCGAAAGAAGCCAGGCGGAUCAACGACGAGAUCGAAAGGCAGCUCCGCCGGGAUAAGAGGGACGCACGCCGCGAGCUGAAACUGUUGCUUCUCGGCACUGGGGAAAGUGGGAAGAGCACAUUCAUCAAACAGAUGAGGAUUAUCCACGGCGCCGGUUACUCAGACGAGGACAAAAGGGGUUUCACCAAACUGGUCUAUCAGAACAUCUUCACAGCCAUGCAAGCGAUGAUCCGAGCCAUGGAGACGCUCAAGAUCCCCUACAAAUAUGAGCACAACAAGGGCAACGCCAACAUUGUAAGAGAGGUGGACGUAGAGAAGGUCAGCAUGUUAGAGAAUCCUUAUGUAGAUGCAAUCAAGAGCUUAUGGAAUGACCCGGGCAUCCAGGAGUGCUACGAUCGAAGGAGGGAAUACCAACUCUCAGACUCCACUAAAUAUUACCUGAACGCGCUGGACCGGAUCGCCGAGCCAGCCUACCUUCCCACCCAGCAGGAUGUGUUGAGGGUUCGAGUCCCCACCACGGGCAUCAUUGAAUACCCGUUCGACCUGCAGAGUGUCAUAUUCAGGAUGGUGGAUGUCGGAGGUCAGAGGUCGGAGAGGAGGAAGUGGAUCCACUGCUUUGAGAACGUCACAUCCAUCAUGUUCCUGGUAGCGCUCAGCGAGUACGACCAAGUUUUGGUGGAGUCGGACAACGAGAACCGGAUGGAGGAGAGUAAAGCUCUGUUUAGGACAAUAAUCACAUACCCCUGGUUCCAAAACUCCUCCGUCAUCCUCUUCCUCAACAAGAAGGACCUGUUGGAGGAGAAGAUCAUGUACUCUCAUCUGGUUGACUACUUUCCAGAGUAUGAUGGUCCCCAGAGGGAUGCCCAAGCAGGCCGAGAGUUCAUCCUCAAGAUGUUUGUGGACCUGAAUCCAGACAGCGAUAAGAUCAUCUACUCUCACUUCACCUGUGCCACCGACACAGAGAACAUCCGUUUCGUCUUUGCCGCCGUCAAAGACACCAUCCUGCAGCUCAACCUCAAGGAGUACAACCUGGUGUAGGGCGGAGCGGGGCCGCCCGGCAGGAGGCCGUCAACACACACUGACUGACGCGAUCUGUGAAAAGAUACAUCAUAUAAACACACACACAUGAAAAGAAAAUCAGAGAAAAAAAAAUCUAAUGGUUGCAUAAUACUAAUUUAUUUGCCAUUUGGUGAUCUCUUGGUCCCCAAGGGGUGAGCAAAGUAAAUGUUAUCUUGCUAUUUAAGGAGCUAAUGAAAUAUGUGGGGGGGCAAGAUAUUCUGAAGGGUUGGGGAGGGAUUUGCUGUUGAAUAUGUGCAGCAAUGAUCCUUAUUUCUGGGCUUUGCGCAUUGUGAAGUUUUGUUUUUUUUGUUUGUUACAUACAUCAGAGCAGGAGCGAAUGCAACGCGCUCCCGCCCUCCUGCUUUUUUAUAAACAAAAAGAAGAAAAAAAAAGGUUUUCACUCCCCCCUUUUUUUGUACCCUCCCUCCUUACCUGUCAGUUCAUUCUGAAGCUUCUUCCUGGGCGUUUACAUGUUUGCCCAGCAGGAAAUGAUGUAACAGAUCUCUCAUUGACAGCGUGAUCUAUUUCCUUCAAAGGACCGAUUGGCAAGUCUCUUGAUGAAUAGGUACAGACUGUGAUUUUUAAAUUAUUUGAUACUAAUUUGGUAUCGAUUGACUUCAGUCAUUAUAAUUGUUACAUUGCCUUGACUUUGGCAUCAUCUGAUGAGCAGAGCAUGCGUCAGCGUGGCAGUGCACCCCCAACAUUUUGAGGGGAAAUAGCUAAAAUCGUGCGUUGAGUGGGUCACGUCAGUUCUCCUGCGUCGACGUGACCGUUGAAGUGCAGAGGUUUAAGCGAAAUUGGUGUUAAAAUGCUUUCUGGGCUUUCUGGGCUCUGUGCUGGUUGCUUUACUCAGACUGAAGGGAGUUCAGGAGGUAAUAAUUUAUGAGACAAUGUUGUCAAAUGAUUAUGUUCAACUGUGCCACAUUACACUUUUUUAUUAUGGUAAUAUGUGUAUUUAUUGCCAAUGCCAAAACAACUCAAGCACCAGACUCCACUUUGCGCUGUUUACGAUUGAAAUGAAAAGCGCUGAGGACAGGAAAAAAGCAGGGCUAAUGAAUGCAGAAGUGGAAUGACUGACUUUAUUGAUCCACCAACUGAUCCUGCAGUUUUUGAAGUAUUAAACAAUGGUACCCCCUCUAGCAAAGACACACACUUACACACACACACACACACACACACACACACACAGCUUGGACUGACUGGAGCUACAGUUAACUAGCAGGUUAUCAGAGAGGAGAACGCCACCCAGUGCGCUGAACUGCUCGAACUGUCCAAUCACAACCUUGCGCGUGGCUACAAACCCCUCCCUCUGACCUGCAGGCUGUCCAGUCACAUUUUAGCGGUGUCGUAUAAUUGUCCACUCACAGCCCGGCUGUCUUGACUGUUGUAGUUCAAUAGCAGUGGAGGAUAAAUUUGGUUAAUUUCUGCGUAAAAGGGCAGAUUGUUCAGUUUGUACCAAAGUAAGCCCUUCUUGUUUCUGAUUGGCACCUCUGAUUUGCAAUUCCUCAUUCCCAGGUUACUUCCAAGUAUUUUUUUUGUAACAAUUCCCAAGAACAUAAGCCUGUAAUUUACAUUUAUUGAGGCAUAGUGCAAUUAUGAAUGCUAUAAUCAUUGUACAUACAUCUCUCUAUAUAUGGCAGCAUCUUUGUUGGCUUUGUAAUCAUUACUUUUUUGGCAGAUUGAAUGUGCAGUAUUGAAAAUAUGUAUCUAUGUAAUUGUAUCGUAUGUCUCAUGGCUAAUUCAUUUUUGGAAGAAAAACAAUGUUAUUUACAUGUUUGUUUUUGUUUCCUUUUUUUAAGAGGAGAAUGUAAAUUUUGUGUUUUAUUUUGUGUUAAUUUCUCAGCACAGAAACAUUGUUCAGCUUCAGAACUGCAUAAAGAGGAAUAUUAUUAUCCAACAACUGAUUGAUUGAUAUGCCAGUACUUCUAGUAGCCAGACUUUUAUUUGAAAAACUACAGACUGAAUUCAACCUACAGGGCUAAUUGUAAUAGUUUAGUUCUUAACUGGCUUCAGGAAGAGAGCACUUGUCAUAUAGGUGUAAUCCCAUCACUCAUUGAUUCCUGAUUCUUCUAUUUAAUUUCAUUAUGACACAGCUUCCCAGUAAGUAUUGAUUCACUUUGAGAUUUCUUAGUCUACAGCACCCCUUGUGACCCUGACCACCCCACCACCAAACACCUUUUGUAGGCUGGAUGUUUUAUUUAACAAGUAGUACUAGAACGAGGUGGAUGGCGGGCAGGUAAAGUGUUGCUUUGCAUCAGAUUUUGUAUGAAAAUCUCGUUAAGGAGGAAAUGUAACCAUCUGAUUGUUUGUGCUAACAGAUGGGAAUGCCAUCGCCCUUUAAACCCCUCAAAGGAACCUCCACCCUGAUAGAAACAGUAUUGCAGAGUAUCUGUGACUGACCGUGCAAAAGAAUGACAACUCAACCAUUUGGCGUAAUUAGGAUGGUACAUUUACUGGUGCUUUAUUUUUCUAUUUUUUUCACUUAAUUUCCAUCUUGAUUGCCACCAUUUCAUUAGAAUGUACCACACUAUUUUAGACUUAUGAAAUGACAGCAUAGGAGAAAAUACACAACAGUGGACAUGUACAUAUUGCCUUAUCAAAUAAGCUGUGCCUCCGAAGUCCCAUGCAAGGCACCUGUGUUUUUAUGAGAAGUGAAGCUAGUGCAGCCAGUAAUGUCCCUUUGUGCAGCUGGAAGGUUGUUAGGUUUCAUCUUGGCGGUCUUGCUGUUAUUCUGUGCUAUGAGAAGACCUGGGAACAGCUUUUCAAGUGUAGCUCAUGUAGCUAAUAUGAUAUCAUUACAGGCCAUUAUAAGAACACCUUGAGUGGGUUGUAGUCAUUGAUUACGUUAUUAUUGAUUUUCUAACACUGUCACAUCAGAUCUAUGUCUUAAAACCUGUGCUGCAGUGCAUUGUAAUGCAUUGAACUGCCUGAUGUGCUUGCAAGGUGUCAGAAUCUGGACUCCCAAUCACCACCAGCCACCUGUGGAGUGUUUUUGUGACAUUUGGCUGUGGUUUGGCAUCUACCAGCCACUUUGGCAGGGAACCAGCCCUCACUUGGAGGUCCUGUUGUUUUCAGAUAUUUCAGCUGGCUGGUGAAAUUGCUUACAAGGAUGGUUGAUUUUGGCAGGCGACACCCACUCCAGCAAGUUAAUUUCCAGUCCAGUUCACGGUGUACUAGAAGAUGUUACAAUAACCACUCACCAACAGCAGGGCCCAGUAGGAAGAACUGGAGGCCAGCUCAUCACACAUUUUGCAGAAUGUUAAAAUGGUGUUGUGUGACUCUGCUUGUUGCCAGAGGAGAUGUUUUGAAGCUGGACAAAAGUUUCAGCCUAUCAGUGCUGAUGAUAACUUGUAGAGUUGCAGUAAUCAGUAACUUGUGUCCCUGCUGUUGUAAAGUGGUUAUUUACACUGUCCCUGUUACUUAAAGGGAAGUCCUUGUUGAAACAGUUCAUUUACUGUGUUCAACGCACUGAGCAGAGACCGUCCAUCCACGUUUGUGAGCCUCAAAGACUAAUUCAAAAAGCUUUGUGAGUGACUUCAUGUUCACAUCAUGGCUCUGAGGGAGCACAUGUGACUUAUAUUCAGGCUGGAUUUUCCCUUUAAGAGAGCGCAGACUCCAGCUGGUGUUGACUUACUGACACACAUGGUUUGGAAACCUGUGCCGGGGUUCAAAUUUCAUGCAGUGUAUUCAAGAGCAGAGCAGUGUUACAUACAGUAUAUGGUGAACAACGUCAUGUAGGGUCACGUCCGGGGUAAAAAAUAACUUUCCAUAAAUUAUCUAGCGUACUUUAGCGUGCUUUUGGGUUUCUCUCUCCAAAUCAUGAAGACAUGAAGGUUAAUGACUCAUUUUGAAAUGAUCCACAAUCAUAACUGUGUAAAAUGUUUCCUCUAUUCAUAAACUCGCCCUCCUUCAACAAGUUUCUGAAUGAAGUCACAUGUUUCUUUUUAAAGGUAUGUCGACUCUGGCUUUUAUUUUCCUUUAUUUUAGUGAUGCCGCUGUCAUUUCUACAGUAUGGUUGAUUCAGUGCCCUUAAAUCUAAACCCUUACUCCCCGUCGUUUGUCUGUGAGCAGAAUGCUUUGCCACAUGUCCUUGCCAUAUGUAUUUGAACUUCAAUUUAAAUUACAAACCUCUGUCAAGCUCUGAAAGCUUAGUUAAAGUGAACACAGAUGUGAUUCUUGUUACUCUAUAAAGUCCAAUAGAAUGCGCCCCAAGCAUACUGCCAAGCAAGUUGGGUGAAGUUGCCUCUUAGAGGUUAUUUUAGUUCUUUUCACCCCUGUUAUCUUCGGUAAGUUUUAUUUUUACAUGCAAACCCCCCGCAAAAAAGAAGAGAGACAACAGAAUGCAUUAAGAAGGAUAUGAAAACUUUACUUUCUGGUUUAGAGCUCCUAGCACCACCAUAAAUAAAGUUUAUUUAGAUGUAAAGCGACUUUUGGUUGUAAAUCAACUGAACGACUCCAAGAAAUUUUCAUAAAUUCUGUUCAAGAUCACAGGGAAGAAAAGAAAUUGUCAACAGCCAGAUUCUCCAUCGACCCGACCCAAUAGAAAGGUGAAACCUUUGUGCUCAGCGUUUCCCGCUGAUGACAACACGUUCAGUCUUUCUGUUUUUGUAAAUGUUCUUGUUGCAACGCAAUCAUGAUGACACAGAGUAGUCUGGGCUUCUCGAAAUGUAUGUAUUGAGAACGCUGUUCAAAAAGAGGACAAAAGUGUGGAUAAACAGAGUAAACU